UGCAACUGAACAUCAACUGGUUGAAUUCCAUAUGAAGGAUUUGUGAAUUGCACAAAUUAUACAAAAGCAGAACUGUUGCUGUGGAAAAAUACUCGUACAGCAAAUUAUCACAAUUUUUUAAUCAUAAUAAAUCAACGAAACAAAAUAUGCGCGUCGCUUGUCACUGUUUUUCUGUAAACACAGUCUCUUGUUAAAGUGAGAGUUUUGUGUGAAUGAAGACUGAAAACAUUCUUUUGAAAUAUGUGUACUGAGCAAUAGAAAUUUACCAGCAUACGUGAAACUUCUUUUAUGUACACAAAGUACAUCAAAAGUGUGUUAUUAGCAACGUGUACAGUGGCUCAUACGAGUUACAUGGCAAUAUCUAUAACGCUCAGAAAUUGUCAGCUAAUCCUUUAUUUAAGAAAAAACCAAAUUCAGAGACAAAAAACGGCUGUUUCAACGCCGUAGUGGUACGCUAAGUAACAGUGUAAUAAAGUGCUGUGAUAAGAACAGUAUUUCAACAGAGAAAAUUAAAGGAUGGCUAUCCUAAGGCAAAACAGUACGUACUGGGUUUUACCUAUGAAGAAGGAUUUCAAAGUUCCCCUACAUCUACUUUCACUGAACAAUAUACCCGGAGGUGUCAAGAUGGCUUGUGGCUCUGUUGUGUUGGCGGUUCUCCUGUGGACCUCACUCCAAUCUGGAAUACAGUUUACUAUGACGUCUCCCAUUGACAUACAAGUACCUAUCUUAUCUAGAAACUAUGAUGCCUACAUCAACUCUUCUGCAGGUUGGCCAGUCUUGUACCAACAGCAGUUAAAACACUCCAUUCAGAAAAGGGCAAAGAUCUCAGGGCUGCCUCAUGUUGAUGAUGAUGCACUCAACACGUAUGUGAAAUUCAUUGAAUCAAAUCUAGGCCGUGAGACUCGAAUGGAGACCAGUUUGAUCAGGUCAAACACAAAGGUUCAGCAGAAAACUCCCCAACAUGGUCAGCUAAUUGCAUCUUCUCCUUCUGCAGAAGCUCUGAGACAUGGCAAGGAUGCACUCAUAGCAACCAAAGCAUCACUCUACAUAUCACAUAAACAUUGCCAGUGGUAUGGUCUUGAUGGUGAUGAAUGUGGUGCCUUUGUAAUGUCAAUGAAGAUGAACAGAACGUCUCUUGGAGACAGAUGUGCAGCUCAGUAUAGUAAGAAUGCAGAUUGCUCUGGCAGGUACCGUGCUAUUGAUGGCUCAUGCAACCAUGUAAAUGAUAAGACUUGGGGCAUGGUCCAUACCAGCUACCUCAGACUUUUGGCACCUCAGUAUGCUGAUGGCAUUCAGGAGCCACGAAAACCAGUGAAAGGAAAAUCUCUUCCUUCUGCUCGCCUUGUCAGUACUGGUGUGAUUAGGGACAGGGACUCAGCAGACAACAGCAGAACAAUGAGUUUAGUUCAGUGGACAGAAUUCAUUGAGCAUGACCUUGUCUUCACCCCUGUCAUGAAGAUGGUGCACAGUGGCAAUUCCAUCAUGUGCUGUAGGCAAGAUGGAAGUUUCCUGGCACCUCGCUACAUCCACCCAGCUUGCAUGCCAAUCACUGUUCUCAACAAUGACCCAUUCUACUCAAAGUAUCGGCAGCGUUGUAUGAACUACGUUCGUUCUCUGAGAGCCAUGAGGCCUGAUUGCCAUUUUGGUCCUGCAGAGCAAAUGAACCAAGCAACACACUAUCUUGAUGGAUCCAUGAUAUAUGGUACAACUGAUGAAAGGGCCUGGUCACUUAGAACUUUUUCAAAUGGUCAGCUUUCUACAGAAACGAAGAAUGGACAGGAAUACCUGCCACAAGCUGACAAACCUUUGCAACAGUGUCAAGUGUCUUCCAACACAUCUGCUUGCUACAAAUCUGGUGAUAUACGUGUGAAUCUACACCCUCAACUUGUUAUCAUGCAUACUCUCUGGCUCCGUGAACAUAAUCGCAUAGCUGCAAAGCUAGCACUUUUGAACCCUCACUGGGAUGAUGAGACACUCUACCAAGAGGCACGGAGGAUCGUCAUUGCCGAGAUUCAACACAUCACAUACAAUGAAUGGUUGCCUCUUGUGCUUGGCUCAAAAUAUGCAAAGAAACUUGGAUUGCAAUUGAAGAAGACUGGAUUCAGCAGUGAUUUCGCUGAGGAUGUGAAUCCCAGCAUUUCCAACAGCUUUGCCACAGCUGCUAUGCGAUUUAGAAUGUCCAUGAUGGCUGGAACCAUAGGGCUGUUUGAUGAAGAUCGUAACACAAAUAAAAGUCUCCAGUUGAAGGAUAAUUUUAACCAACCAGCAACCAUUGAGGAACCAGAACAUCUAGAUUCUUUGGUACGUGGUCUAGCUACACAGAGAAGUCAGAAGAGAGGUUUAUACUAUGACAGUGAUUUAAUACAAAUGUUAUACAAGACUAGUGGGCAAUUUGGCAUGGAUAUAUUGAGCUUGGAUAUUCAACGAGGACGAGAUCAUGGGCUGCCAGGAUAUAAUCACUAUAGAAAACACUGUGGUCUUCCAGCAGCAAAGAGCUUUAAUGGCUUCCUUGAUGUCAUGUCUAAGUCUACAGUAGCCAAGCUGAAGAGUGUAUAUGCCCAUCCAGAUGAUGUGGACCUUUUAAUUGGUGGUAUGUCUGAGCAUGCCAUAGAUGACAGUGUGCUUGGUUUCACAUUUCGCUGCAUCAUUGGAGAACAGAUGCUCAGAACCAAGAAGGGGGACCGUUUCUUUUAUGAUGUACCCAACCAACAAAAUUCUUUUACUGAAGCACAACUUGGUGAAAUAAGAAAAUCAACUUUGGCACGUGUCUUCUGUGACACUGCAGAUGACAUCAAAAUGAUGCAGCCAAAUGCAUUCAUUGUGCCAUCUGGAAGCAAUGGCAUGGUAUCAUGCAGCAACACCAAUGGAAUUAAACAACUAAGUCUUUCACCCUGGAAGCAAGCUCUGGUAAAAAGUUCAUGAUUGUCUCUGUCAGUACUGAUUACUUUUCUCACAAUAUUGUAAUUUCUAGUGACCAUAUAUCAUGACAAGUUUUCCACUGCCUACAUAUGCACUGUGUACUAUCA